GGCGUCCUUCUUGCCACCAGUCAGCUCUCAAGGCCCUGACGUCUAUUUUAUAUACUGUAGAUAGCUAGAUGUAUCGAAAGAUAGAUAGAUCUAACUGAGAGUAGAGGAACACAGUUACCAUGGAGACGGCGUCGCUUACUGUCACUGCAGUGCCCGUAGAGAAUAAUAUGACGCAGUUGGGACCGAAGGCAACAAAAAUCAGAGAGAGGCUUCGUAGCAACAUAGAUGAAGACGAGAACAUGACGGUCAGCAGAGAGGACGCGGUGGUAGUACAAGCUACCCAGGCGGGCAAGAGUUUCAUGCAGGCCCUACACCAUCACGAACACAAGCUACAUGCUCUAGUGAAGCAUGGCUGUACCAUGGUGGGGAAUGUGGAGGUGGCGGCGCUGAGUGGGGAGGUGAAGGCAGCGGUUGAGAGCGAGACGCGGAGGGACGCCUGGAAGAACACCCUGGAGGAGGACACCCGGAAGACGCAGGAGGCACUGAAACAGAUCCACCAGUACUGGGAGAAGGUCGUCACACUCACUAUCCCCGAGGACCUUUAUGAUGGUCUGUGUCAACUCAGAGACUGGAGCCAAGAACUGACGGAGCAGAAGGUGUGGGUGAUUGGGGCCCUGCGGGGGGAGCUUCGAGUUCUAGACGCCACCUACACGGAGGAGAUGCUUCAACACGCUCACCAGAGGUCAGAACUCUUGAGGCGAAUCACUGAACACGUCACAGAACUGCACCAAGCUUACCGCCACUCACUCAGAGAAGUCCAGGGUGUAGAGGACAAGGAGAGGGCGGAGCUGGUGGAGUACUACGGGCGGGUGUGGGACGAGGCGGUGACGGAACUGAACCAAAAGCUUCAAGACCUCCUACACGACCGCCUCAACAACCGAACCUCCCGCAUGGAGCAGAUCAUCGAGCUCAAGCUUCAUGGUGCCGCUCCCCACACUGCUAUCAAGGACAAACUCGACUCAGAUAUCGAGAAGGUACUGGUGGAGGUGAUGAGGAUGAAGGCGGCGCAGCAGGUGGAGGAGAGUCAGCUACGGUACAGCCAGCAGGUACUACAACAGCAGUACAGGGAGACGACCGCCAUGGUGAGCGAGGCCAGACGUACACUCAACGCCAUCACACCAACACUCAACAACUACAGGAGGAAGGCAGAGGCAGCGAAGGAGAGACGUGUCGCGCAAGAACAGGCAAAGCUGCGGGAGGCGGGAAGGAUGCGGGAACUGAACCAACAGUACCGCAAGCGUCUGGCCAACAACUCCGCUUUCUUCAGCCAACAAACACAAGGCCUCUCUCAAAUGCACUACCAGAAGCUCCACGAACUAGUAAUGGAGGUGGUGGAGACCGAGAGAGCCAUUCAGCACAGUGUGUUAGCGCGGGAGUGGGUAGAGCCAGACCUAACCACCCUGAGCGACCUGGCGCCAGCACCCAAUCCCCGCCAAACACAUGCCCUCGCCGCCGCCACCAAGAUACUCCAGCCCUCCCAAGAUGGUUCAGUGGACGGAUUUGAGGGAAGCCUGAGCGUGGACGAGCAGUUCCUCACCAGCCUGGCGGAGGAGGCCGUCUUCCUCAUCAACACCGACACCUCACACCUCACACAACACGGUCCCCUCCUCAUACUCGAGCACAUCUUCUGGGAGAUAGGUAUCCACACAGAGGCAGAUGUGCUGCGUCUGCUGCGUGUGGCCAGGCGUUACAUCUCCCAGCGUCCUCCUGGGUCACGUGGCAGAGGAAGAGAGGAAGAGGAGAGGGAGGAGGAGGAGGAGGAAGCUAUUGGCGGCAGGUGGCGUGAAAGCGACCGACUCUUUACUCCCGCGGACACGUUGAAUGUUCUAAUAACUUUUUGUAAUGCCAGAAAAUCUGGGGAGGAAGGAAGUGUUGGGGCAGCUGAUGUAGACGAGGAGGGCCCUUUGUACGCCCAAGAAGGAGAGGAGGCCGCCCGCUGGUCCUCCUUCCUCAACAACUUCUGCAAGAGGAUUAGGGUGUGGACGGCCACCAGAGACGCUCUCACUCAGUACCGCGACGUGCUUAUAGGUCGGCUGGAGGAGAUGCGUAAGGUGGAUCGUCUUCGUCGGGAGAACGCAGAGCUCAGGUUUCUCCUGCAGGGUGUUGUGAACGAUCUGUAACCUGGGGCCUAGCUACUGCUUGGGUGCUUCCUGUGCCAUUUCAUCAGUGACAAAUUUUUCGGGUUUUACUGGAAUUCUUAUCAGUUAAUCAUGACUGUUCCCACCAAUUGUUUGAUAUAUGUUGCUAUUGUUAUAAAAACUGUAAUUUACUUCGUAUUGCAACAGCUCUGGUCAUGCUUUGGAUGAUAAUAACGCCAGUGAAUUUCCUCUUCGUUUUAAAGGCUUGUUGAAUAAUUAAUGCACAUUUGCUUUUCGUUUGUCUGCACAAUAAUAUUAUCUUCUGUCGAUUGUUAUGAUGAUUACUGCGAUAACAGAAACAUAAACAAAUACAUAAUAAAUAUCAAAAUGUU